ACCGUUUGAGGCACACAUCAGAUCGGCAUCAAUAUUUGAAGCUGGCUGACGGAAUUCUGACUGUGCACAUUUUCUCUCAUUUUAGGCACAUCUGAGCCUAUUGUGAUUAUAACAAGUGUGGUCCACAUGCCUAAGGAGAGGCAAGUGGCAGCAAGCAUCAGCACCAAGAGUGAAGCGGUUGGUGGCGGUGAUCACGGAAAGCAAAGUGACACCAAGAGUGACUCGAACGAGUGCAAUCUUGGAGAGACCAGCAAGGCAUGUGAAUCCAAGGAGAGUGGUGCAGCAGCCAAAGGUGGUGGAAAUGAGGAGGAGAAUCAUAAGAUCAGCAAAGCAGCAUCGGCGAAGGAGAAAGGAGAGAGCUUCAGCACUAUCACAAAGCAAUCUCCUCAAAUGAAUGGGGGAGAAGAGGAGGAGGAGGUGCAGCAAGGUGAUGAGCGUACACCGUCACUUCCGCCUCGUGCUACAAGUGCUCGCGGGAACCGAGCAGAUUUGCAGCAACGCCAUGAGAGCAUCCAAGUCCCUGCAGUAGAGGAGGAAGGAAGGGGGAGAAGGAAGACUCAGCCCCCCAAUAGGUUGAGCUAUGAACGGCUUGGAGGAGCAGCCAACUCAACCUUGACCGGUUCGGCUCUCAUGCUAGGCGAUGAAGCGGAAGAUGAAAGCGAGGAGUGCGCUUUUGCCUUCUUCUCUCCGGUGGAGAUACCGGGGGAGCCUACAAAUCCCAAGGAGGCUUGGGAGGGCCCCAAUGGGAAGGAGUGGAAGAAGGCCUCAGAUGAAGAGAUGGGGAGCAUCAUCGAGAACGACACGUUUGACUUGGAAGAGACCUACAUGGAGCAGCCAGAGGGGUACAAUGAUGGGAGUGGCAGAGUGUGGAAGCUGAAGAAAGCACUCUAUGGCCUCAAGCAAGCCCCUAGGCAAUGGUACAUCAAGCUGCGGGAAGUCUUGGAGGCGAUCGGUUUCACUCCCUCAACGGCCGAUCAAUCAUUGUUCAUGCUUGGCGAGGGGGAGCAGAGGAGCUUCAUGGUGGUUUAUGUGGAUGACAUCCUCAUAUUCUCACCCUCCUCUGACCUUGUGAAGGAGGUGAUGCUGAAGCUUCAAGACAAGUUCAAGUGCAAGACCCUUGAACCAGAGGACAUGACAAGUGUGGGAGGCUUCAUCUGCUGUGUUGGUGGAGGACCAACAGCUUGGGAGAGCAAGAAACAAGUGGACCAAGCAUUGAGCUCGGUGGAGUCCGAGUACAUGGCACUCUUCCGUGCCAUAAGAGAGGUUGUGUGGCAGCGGCGUUUGCUAGCUGAAUUGGGGGAGGAGCAGCAAGGACCUACCCCCCUCUACUGUGAUAGCCAGGGUGCUAUUGCAUUGGCUAAGAACCCCGUUCUUCAUGGCCUUACCAAGCACAUGAAGGUGAAGUGGCAUUGAGUGAGGAGCAUGGUAACCGCGGGUGAAGCGGAGUUGCACUACGUGAAGACGACGGCGCAGCCUGCUGAUAUGAUGACCAAGAGGCUGGUUGAGCAGCAGCAUUGGAAGUGUUGCAAGCUUGCUGGGAUGGCUCUGAACUAAGGCGAGCAGAUUCUAAGGCCAACAAUCCGAGCGGGAGUUUGUUGGUGCAACCCUAUG